AUCAAUUUAUCAUGGUCCUGCUUAACAACUAACAAGACUUUGGACUUGGGUCUUUCCGUCUUUUGCCCAAAUUACGCUUCAUACAAUUUACCCUGUAAACCUUACACCGAUACCCAUUCUUUCAAUCCCAAGUUAAUGGAGCCAUCAAUGGGUGGUGAGGUAGAACCCCAAAAGCCUGGGUUUUUUGUGGCCGUCCAUGUCGGCGCCGGAUACCACGCCCCUUCCAAUGAAAAAGCUUUAAGGUCGGCUAUGAAACGCGCUUGCCUGGCUGCUGCUUCCGUUCUCCGUAAAGGUCCUGGUGUAUCUGUUGAUGCUGUUGCAGCGGCUAUUCAAGUGCUCGAGGAUGAUCCCAGCACAAAUGCUGGCAGAGGCUCUAAUUUAACUGAAGAUGGUAAUGUUGAAUGUGAUGCAAGUCUUAUGGAUGGUCAAUCUGGAGCUUUUGGGGCUGUUGGAGCUGUGCCUGGUGUUCCAAAUGCUAUUCAGAUUGCCGCUUUGUUAGUGAAGGAACAAACGAAUGGGUCUUCUUUGUUGGGUCGAAUACCCCCCAUGUUCUUGGUUGGUGAAGGUGCACGCCUAUGGGCAAAAUCUAAUGGUAUUGCCUUACCUGAAUCUAUGGUUAAGGCUGAUCAGUGGUUGGUGACACCGAAGGCAAGAGCACAAUGGAAACACUACAAAGCAAUGCUUCUUGAUGCCAAAGCUGAGAUUGGUAUUUCUUCUGAAGGAAAGUCUUGUAAUGCGCAGCACAAUGCAUCAAUACAAGGCUCGCAUGCUCAAACUUGUGAUACUUUGGAGGACAACAGUGGUGGUCAAUCAUGUAUGCUCAGCCCAUCAGCAGAGGACAAUAUCAUGGACACUGUGGGAGUCAUUUGUGUUGACACUGAAGGAAAUAUAGCAUCAGGAGCCUCCAGCGGUGGUAUUGCACUGAAGGUCUCUGGUCGUGUGGGAUUAGCAGCAAUGUAUGGUGCAGGCUGUUGGGCCUCCUCAAAAGGACCCUUUGGGGCUCCUUUCAUAGUUGGUUGUUGUGUUAGCGGUGCUGGAGAACACCUAAUGAAAGGAUUUGCAGCUCGGGAGUGCUGUGUCUCAUCUUCACUUUCACAGGCAGGUCCUGCCUCUGCUUGCAUGAAAGUUCUUCGCUCUGUUGCUCAAGAUAGUAAUCAAGCUGAUACCGAUAAAAGUGCUGGGAUUUUAAUCGUGCAAGCGGAUGCUCCUAUCAGGGUUCCAGGAAAUCCUCCAAAACUGAAAGCUAUAGAAAUUGCAGCUGCGUACUCAUCCUUGUCUUUUGGGAUAGGAUAUUUUGGAAGUGGCAUGGAAAGGCCUAAGGUUUCUAUUCUUAGGAGAAGUAAACAGCAGAAUAGAAGUGGAAUCAAUCAUUUUGAAGCUCGAGUUGAUGUUUCUACAUGACUGAUUUUUGUUUAACCUGUUUUUUCAAGGAUAAAUUAUCAUAUCAAAUCAAAUCUCUCCAAUUUACUUAGUUUCUUUGGGAUUGUAUGUAGUACUAUAAAAGAAAGUAACCUGUCCCCCUUCGAGAUUGCCAUUUAAUGGUUAAUAUCGAUGAAUAAAAGUUAAAGUGAUCAAAUCGAUAUGAUCUUAACCUCA